AUGGGAUUAUUCAAAAGCAAGAAAGAAGAAUCAAAAUCCGAGCAGGCCCCGGACGCCCCUCCCUCAUACGAUCAGCUGCAACAGGCCCAUAAUCUGGAAGAUACCCCGCAAUAUUCGGGAUCCAGCGAGUAUCCACAGGAAAAGAGUGAUAACCCUGGCCAUGAGAACACUGGAGCCAAUCCUCCCUAUGUCAAUCAUCAAGAUACCAAUUACAAUGUAAAUUAUAGUCAAGGAGGUCAGGGUCAGGGCCAGGGUCAAGGUGUUUACACCAUACCUCCAAAUGACCUCUAUCAAGUCGCUCCGCAACAAAUCAACAUUGCUUACGAGACCACUGGGCAGUACACCAGACCAGGAUAUGUCGAAUACUUGCAGAAUGAUCCACAACGAGUUGCUAGUGGAAACGGUCCCAGGCCUCGGGAGGCAUUUGGACGCCAAGGUGCCCCAUUAAGCAAAGGCAACAAGAACAACGAAAGCACAGGUGGCGGUGCGUUCCCAGGAUCCAGCAAAACCACAUACUACAACGCGGCAAAUAGGUAG